AUGAAGUCGCGGAUCCCAUUGGCCACACCUGACGCCGAUUUGGUCAGAGGAAUGGCACAGUUCUCGAUGUCCCAGAAGAUACCCAAUGGGACAAGUAACGCAAAUGACUGGAAAAAGUUUGCUUACUUUGAUGAGUACAGAUAUACAAGAAAUCUUGUGGACAACGGUAAUGAUAAAUACAAUCUAAUGCUUUUGUGUUGGUCUGAAGGACAGGGAUCUGUGAUUCACGACCACUCAGACGCUCAUUGCUUUAUGAAAAUGCUUUCGGGAAGCCUUCACGAAACCCGAUAUGAAUGGCCCGACUCUACCACUGAUUUAAACCAAAUGAAAGCGAUUGAUGAAAACCAACUCAAGACUAAUGAUGUCGCCUAUAUUAAUGAUUCAAUUGGUUUACAUCGAGUGGAGAACCGAAGUGACAGUUGGAAAGCCGUGUCACUGCAUCUCUAUUCGCCCCCAUAUUUUAAAUGCCAAGUCUUUGAUGAGAGGACUGGACUUAGAAAUCAGGCGAAAGUCACUUUUUAUAGUAAAUAUGGAAACAAAAAGACCUAUUUGUAUAAGCAAUUCAAACAGUUGCAUGAAUUUGAUGUAUAA